AUGGAAAGAUUACAAAGAUUGCUCGGAGGUAGCAAUGGCCUCGUGCAAGGAGGGGCAGCAAUGAACGAUGCACCUGCAAUCGAUAAUGCCGAAACAGUCUACAUUUCUUCAUUGGCAUUGUUGAAGAUGCUUAAACAUGGCCGUGCCGGUGUGCCCAUGGAAGUGAUGGGUUUAAUGCUUGGUGAGUUCGUGGAUGACUUCACUAUUCACGUUAUAGAUGUGUUUGCCAUGCCCCAGUCGGGAACUGGUGUGUCUGUGGAGGCUGUGGACGAUGUUUUCCAGACUAAGAUGAUGGAUAUGUUGAGACAGACAGGCAGAGACCAGAUGGUCGUGGGAUGGUACCAUUCCCAUCCUGGUUUCGGAUGCUGGCUUUCGUCCGUUGAUGUUAACACACAGCAGAGUUUUGAGCAGUUGAACAAGAGAGCUGUUGCUGUGGUUGUGGAUCCUAUCCAGUCUGUCAAGGGUAAGGUCGUGAUUGAUGCUUUCCGUACCAUUGACGCCACUACAUUGAUGAGAGGCCAGGAACCACGUCAAUCUACUUCUAACGUCGGUCACUUAAACAAACCAUCGAUUCAGGCUCUUAUUCACGGCUUGAACAGGCACUACUACUCGUUGAACAUCGACUACCACAAGACGCUGUACGAAACGAACAUGCUUAUGAACUUGCACAAGAAGUCGUGGCAAAGCGGCUUGGAGAUGGCUGACUACAACCAUGCUGACCAUGAGAACCUAGAGAAUAUCCAGAGUUUGGUGAAGAUUGCCAAAUUAUACAACGAACGUGUUGCUGAAGAAAAAGAGUUGCUGGAAGAACAGCUAAAGACGCGCUAUGUCGGUAAGCAAGAUCCAAAGAAGCAUUUGUCGGAAACGUCAGAGAAGGUGAUCGAGGAGAACGUCUCCUCUUUGUUGACGAGCAACGUCAAUUCUCUUGCCAUCCAGUAG